AUGGUUGAGUCCCAAGACCUGCACCUCACGAGCCGCGAAUCCCAAAAAUCACCCAUCCCCUACAUACUCAAAAGAACAGCUAUUGUCACGACGGCGCUGACCGUGGCGGGCGGGUCAUGGUACGUAGCCGUCGACAUGACCUCGGCCAGCGAUCUGACAGCCAUCUACAAUUGCUCCGCUUUUUUCGCCUAUGCGUUCUCUAUCCCGCUGCUAGGCGACAAGCUACGGUUUGAUAAAGUGUUCGCCGUCGCGGUCGCCAUCGCUGGCGUACUGACGGUCGCGUACGGCGACUCCAACCCGGCCAAACAAGGCGGCAAAUCAGGCGGGAGUAACGGCGGGGGCGACCAGCCAGAAGAAGCGAGCAAUCGUGCUUUGGGUAACAUCGUCAUUGGGGUCGGCAGUGUUCUGUACGGGCUAUACGAGGUGCUAUACAAGAGGAUGGCAUGUCCGCCUGAGGGCACGAGUGCAGGGAGGGGGAUGAUCUUCGCGAAUCUAUUUGGCAGCUUAAUUGGGAUGUUCACGCUCUUCGUUCUAUGGGUUCCGUUGGUAUUCUUGCAUAUUACUGGUAUAGAGACGUUCGCGCUACCGAAAGGAGAAGCGGCGUGGAUGUUGGCGAUUUCUACACUUUCGAAUGCUAGUGAGCGUCCCUCCCUUCAACUUUCCUCUCACGAUCAGUGUGAUUUGGUAUCGAACACUAGUAUACUGACAUCUACGCACCUCACGAUCUUCCUAGUAGCAAUAGCCGACUGGGCGAUAAAAGGCGAAAGACUGUCCAAAGGCGCCAUAAUCGGCGGUCUCCUGAUCAUCGGCGCCUUUCUGUUGCUGACAUGGGCCACGUAUAGAGAGAUGGUUGAGGAGAGGGAGAAACGGUAA